AUGCAACAAUUUUUUAUUGAUUUCUUUUAUAUCAAAAAUGAUGAAAAUGAAUUAUUUAAAUCAGGUGAUAUUAUUAUUUUAGAUUAUAGAAACAAUUUAAUAUGUGCUAAAUCACCUGAUAAUCAUCAGCAGAUCAUUUUUGGUCGUGUUAUAGCUUUUCAAGAUGAAACUAUCAACACUCAACCAAUAAAUUCUAGAAGAAAAUUAAUUCAAAUUCCUAAAGGAAGUAUUGCUAUUAAUCGAUUAACAAAUGAUAAUCAUCAAGAAAUAAAAAUUUUACCAAUUGGCUUAAUCGAAGGACGUACAUUAGCACGAAUUUGGCCAUUAAAACGUUCAACUCUUCAUCUUCUUAAUAUGCCAACAACAUUAGAUAUUUAA